UUCUGUUUCUCAUGCGUGAUCGGAUAGAUACAGGCUCUCGUAGCUCGGAAAGCUUAGCCUCUCUCCUAGUCCAACUACAAAGCCGGCCUUCUCCGCUGGGGGAUCUUUAGUUCGGGUUAUUCUGAGAGGAGAUCCAGAGCAAAAGAAGGGAAAGCGUGCCGAAACCUCUCCAAGUUUUUGACCUCAACAAAAACCAACCAAUGCCAGCAAGUAAAGAUGAACGAGUUGUGAUCCCUGUGGAGAAGACUUUCAUCACUAUGAAGAAGGCCAGAAGACGCCAGCGCAUUGACAGUGGAGACAGAAGCUUCACGUGCGAUCAGUGUGGAAAGGCUUUUUCUGACAAUGGCAACUUAAAAAGACAUCAGCUGGUCCACACUGGCAUUAAACCAUUCAGCUGCGAUCAGUGUGGACAGGCUUUCACACAUAAUAGCAAGUUAAAAAAACACCAGCUUCUCCACACUGGAUUAAAACCAUUCAGUUGUGAUCAGUGUGGACAGACUUUCACUGUGAAUGGCAACUUAAAAAGACAUCAGCUCGUCCACACUGGCAUUAAACCAUUCAGCUGUGAUCAGUGUGGAAAGACUUUCACUCAGAGUGGCAGCUUAAAAAAACAUCAGCUCAUCCACACUGGAUUAAAAGCAUUUAGCUGUGAUCAGUGUGGAAAGGCUUUUACUGAAAAUGGACAUUUAAAAAGACAUAAGCUCAUCCACACUGGAUUAAAAGCAAUUAGCUACAAUCAGUGUGGAAAGUCUUUUUCUCUGAGUAAUGGCUUAAAAGAACAUCACCUCGUCCAUUCUGCAGAUAAACCAUUCAUCUGUGCUCAGUGUGGAAAGUGUUUCACUGAGAAUGGCAACUUAAAACAACAUCAGCUCGUCCACACUGGCAUUAAACCAUUCAGCUGCGAUCAGUGUGGAAGGACUUUCACUCAGAAUAGCAGCUUAAAAAAACAUCAACUCAUCCACACUGGAUUAAAACCAUUUAGCUGUGAUCAGUGUGGAAAGUCUUUUACUGAAAAUGGCAACUUAAAAAAACAUCAGCUCAUCCACACUGGAUUAAAACAGUUUAGCUGUGGUCAGUGUGGAAAGUCUUUUACUCAUAGUAACUGCUUAAAAGAACAUCAGCUCAUCCAUACUACAGAUAAACCAUUCACCUGUGAUCUGUGUGGAAAGUCUUUUACUCAUAGCAAAAGCUUAAAAGAUCAUCUUCUCAUCCACACUGGAAUUAAAUCAUUUGUCUGCGGUCAGUGUGGAAAGGCUUUUACUCAGAGUAAAAAUUUAAAAGAACAUCAGCUCAUCCACACUGGAAUUAAACCAUUCAGCUGUGAUCAGUGUGGAAAAUCUUUUACUCGGCGUAGAAACUUAAAAAAACAUCAUCUCCUCCACAUUGGAGUUAAACCAUUCACCUGUGAUCAGUGUGGAAAGUCUUUUAGCUGCAUGAGCUCCUUGAAAGAACAUCAGGCCAUCCACACUGGCAUUAAACCAUUUGUCUGUUGUCAGUGUGGAAAGGGUUUUCGUCGGAUGGAUGCUUUAAAAAAUCAUCAACUAAUCCACACUGGAGUUAAUUAAUAUUUAAGUGGUCAGUGCUGAAAUGCGGCCACUUCUAUGUAAACAUUUUUUCAAAAAAUCAGAUUGUUCACACUGCAAUUGUAGCAUGUUUUAAUUGUGGUAAUUGUGAAAUUUGUGGAAAUUCUUUCAAAUUCAUGACAAAACUGGCAGACCAAUGUGACAUUACUCUGACAAAGUUCUUUUGGACAUCCUGGUCAAUCAUCUUAUGUUUGAAGAGGCUCUACUGAUUGCAGACUCCUAUAGCUGUCAUGGUACUGGGUCUUUGACCCAGUGCUUUUGGACAUUAGCAUUCCAUUUUAUUGAAUAUUGUGAUAUUUAUUGUUUAUUUCUAUUUAUGUUCCUUUAAUUGUUUUUCUGCUUGAUGUAAUAUUUAUAAUUUCUAGUCUUUAGGUUCUGUUAUCAUACCUCCCCUCUUUUUCACAUUCUGUGUUUUGUCAGCAGUGGCAGUCCUAGCCUGUUUGGUGCCCUGGGCAAACACCCCCUCUGCCCCCACACCCGCAGAUAAAAUAUAUGUAUGUUUCAUGUGAAUAUUAUAUGUAUAUAUGUAUAUUAAAGAUUGUAUAUGCAUAUAAAACAUAUAAAA